UUCGAAAGAACAUGAUGAAUGCUCUUGAACGGAUGGGGCUUCAAAACUAUUUCCAGGCUGUGGUUUCCGAGGAAGAUGGUAUGGAAUCUAUAGCUCAUAGGUUUCUUUCUGCUGCUGUGAAGUUGGAUAGAAAACCUUCCAAAUGUGUUGUGUUUGAGGAUGAUCCAAGGGGUAUAACAGCUGCUCAUAACUGUACUAUGAUGGCGAUUGGAUUAAUCGGUGCUCAUAGAGCGUAUGAUCUGGUUCAGGCUGAUCUUGCUGUUGGAAACUUUUACGAGCUAUCAGUGAUAAACCUCAGAAGGUUAUUUGCAAACAAAGGCUCUACAUUCAUGGAGCACGAGAAGCAAAUCAUAGAAAAAUCGCCGCCCAAAAGAAAGCUAACCAUUGAUACCAUAUUCUAAAGGCAUUGGAUCGUGGUAUAUAGUAGUUAGGUUUAGGUUCUUGUCGUUAUGGUUUUAUAUGUUUGACAUUAUAUGUUUAAAUACUAGAAGAAGAACCGUAUUGAUUGAGUUAAAUUCAUAGCUUAUUAUCGCUGUUUCUCUGGUAUAUAUGGAUUCUUCAAGAUCAAUGUUUAUAUCUCCUUGCGUU